AUUACCUUUAGAAACCUACCCAGGUCUCGCUAUUUCUAAGUCAAAAUAAUUUUAACUAAAUAUAGACACUUAUAGAUAAAUUUUUGAUUUAAAGAACAUUUCAUUUUAAAUGAAAUAACUCCGUACUAUUUAUGACAUUUGCUGUACAAAUUUCCGGUUUUCAAAGCAAUAGAUUUUGUUUCAGGUAUAGGCAUGGACGACGCCUUUAUCUUUUUAGCUGCGUGGAAAAAAACCGACCCACAGAAGACCGUACCGGAAAGACUCUCAGAAGUUUAUUCGGAAUCCGCCAUUUCUGUUACCGUAACUUCAGUAACGAAUUUCAUAGCCUUCACUUCAGGACUGUUCACCCCUUUCAGAGCCAUAUCUUAUUUUUGCUUAUACGCUUCUAUUGCUGUUAUCUUCUGUUACGUUUAUCAGAUAACGUUCGUUGGUGCAUGCAUGGCAGUUUUUGGAUAUGUGGAGAAACAAGGAAGACAUUCUUUAUUCUUUACAAAAAUAAAUACUCAGAAAGAAAACCGUUCUUGGAUUCGAAAGUUUCUAUUUUCUACUCAAUCUUGGAAAUCUACGAAAAAUAACGUUGCUCCUACGUCAUCAAUUUUCAUUCGAUUCGGUUAUAUUUUAUCAAUUUGGUACGUGAAAAUAGCUAUUUUCUUCAUCAUCGCCGGGUACGUUGUUGUGGCACUCUGGGGCUUGACUUUCACCCAUAUUUUCGGUUCACAUUCGCAUUCGGCGACAUAUGAUUCAUAUUAUAUACAAUAUUAUAAACAAUUUUUAAACAAUUUCAAUCACUACGAAUACAGAUUUCAAAUCAUUAUCGAUCAAGAAAUAAAUUACGCAGAUGUACAAAUUCAGAAUGAAAUAGAGAAUUUUUUUUCAGAAAUGGAGAGAAAAGGAUUAAUUGCAAAUUUUCUUACUGAGUCGUGGCUCAGAUUUUAUUUGAAAUUCCUCAAGGACCGAAGAAUCUCAUUAUCUGUACAAUCAUUUAACAUAAGUGAUACGAAGGAUUUUAUCUCAAUUUUGCGCAGUGUUUUUCUUCGUCAUCCUUCUGCACGACGAUUUCGUAAUGAUAUUGCAUUCAACUCUAAUUACUCAGCUAUCGUGGGAAGCAGAUUUCUUUGUCAGUCUAAUUUUACUACUGAGAAAUCGUUUCCUUUAGUGUUUAUAAACAUGAGGAAACUCACUGAAAAAAUGCCUUUUAAAGCAUUUUCGUAUCACUUUUUGUCCUAUUGGGCCGAUAGCAUUGAAUUGCAUGUAAAAUUUACUGUGCAAUUGUUGAGUAGUGUGGUUAUCAUCGUAGUUAUUGUUUGUUUCGUUCUUAUACCAGAUAUCGUUGUCAUGUUUUCGGUUGGUCUUUCCAUUAUUACUAUAGAAAUUUCCACCUUGGGUUACAUGGCUCUGUGGGAUGUCGAAUUGUCAGCAGUGUCUAUAAUCGUUUUAGUCAUGUGCGCUGGUUUCUCGGUCGAUUAUUCUGCUCAUAUAGCUCAUGCCUAUAGACACUGUGACAGUGAAGAUCCCAAUGAACGUCUUCGUCAUAGUAUAAAUUCUAUCGGAUACGCAAUAUUUCAAGGUAGUGCAACAACAAUAAUCGCCGUGUCACCUUUAGCCAUUCCUUUGGCUUAUAUAUUUGUUGCGACUUUUAAAAUAAUUUUUAUGGUUAUUUUAUUUUCCGCCAUUAAUGCUCUGAUAUUUUUGCCAGUUCUUCUAUCCACGUUGAAUCACGUCAAAUUGAAAAUAUGCGACAGAAAGAAACGGAGUAAAAACCUUAAUACAAUUGAUGGGCAUACAAAUGUCGGUUUUUCAGUUUCAGAAAUAGCAACAUAAAUGUCGUAUAAGAUGAAUAUUCGUGUUCUUUCUCUUUUGAAAGCGUAUAACUAUCUGUAUUCGAGAUGGUUAUGUUUUUGGAAGUUUCUGCAACACCAAAAAGAAGGUCGAAUUAGGUUUCUGUGGAUUGAGCCAAAAUUGUUGAACUGAAGCAUGUUUCUGUCUCGAAAAUACUUAAACUUUUGCAGAUGAUUCAAUAAGCUAAUAAACUAAUUAAUGUUUUUUUAAUCAUAUGUUUAAUUAUAUUAAUUAUUAGUCUUACAUUUUAAGAGGAUUGUUGAGGAGUGAAACAAUUUGGAAAAACUCAGUUAAUAAUGUUUGAUGGGCUUUUAUAUUAAUGUCCUUUAAGACUUCAGCAACACUAUGGUAAGCAAUAUGGUCUGGUUCUUGUAACUUCUUGCACACGCUAUCAAUGGUACAAUUUUUGAAAGCUUAGAAGCUUUCAUUGUGAAUAUUGCCGUUUCUCCUGUUCAUUUUCGUUGUUUAGUUCGUCAUCCGUGGAUUCUAAAUCUUUUCGGUAUGGAGUAUGUUCUCAGCUUCUUAUAACUAAAUGUGCUAAAACCCCUCACCUCCUACAUUCUUUGCCAACUUUUAUUGAUAUGGAAUUGUUAUUAUUAUUAUUGUGUUGGAGUAGGCAAUUACUAAAUUUUGUCAGGUUUGUUGCUGUACUACGAUGACUUAAGUAUAGUAUAACAGUAGUUAUUGUAUUUUGCUUGACUUUAUUAAAAAGUGUAAAAAUCGGAGAUAACCAGGGCUGUGGAGUCGCGUAAAAAUCUACCGACUCCAACUCCGACUCCGACUUUUCCUUACCAUCCGACUCCGACUCCGGC